CUUUUUUUUCAAAGAAACUUCGCUGCUGUCCGUUCCGCUAGUCCCGUGGUUGUGAUGUUUGUACAGUUACACAUCUGAUAAUGCCUGUGGAAAGCCUGCCGAUGCGGAAUGCGUCCAUUCAGAUCCGUUUACUACAACAAUAUCUGGUUCUUCUGAAGAAAUACCCCAUCCUCACUAAGUCUGUGACGAGUGGCAUCCUGACAGCUUUAGGAAAUCUCCUGUCUCAGAUUUUGGAGGCCAGAAAAAAGGCCGACAAUGGAGCUCUGGUCAGUCAGAUUGACCCUGCUGGAGCUGUGCGCUACGCCAUUUAUGGGUUGGUCAUUACGGGACCCGUGAGCCAUUUCUUUUACCAGCUGAUGGAGGUGUGGGUGCCCAGCACUGACCCGCUCUGCAUAGUAAAGCGUCUGCUGCUGGAUCGGCUUGUUUUCGCCCCCGGCUUUCUGCUCAUUUUCUACUUUGUUAUGAACCUCCUGGAGGCUAAAGGGUGGAAAGACUUUGAAAAGAAGAUGAGAGGAAGUUACUGCACUGCUUUAAAGAUGAACUGGAAAGUGUGGACUCCCUUCCAGUUUAUCAACAUCAACUUUGUGCCUGUUCAGUUCAGAGUGCUGUUUGCCAACGUGGUGGCCUUGUUUUGGUACGCCUACCUUGCGUCAGUGAGGAAAUGAACCUCCCCUAGAUCUCUUCACUGAAAACUAAUCUGGAGAAAACAACGUCUUCACUGUGGCUUCAGCAUUUGGCUGUUUACUGUACUACUGUGUAUGUAAUGGACAAUAAUUCUCAAAUACAGUAGACUUAUUUAAUUCUAGUUUAAGCUAUCAGAAAAUAAUUAUUUUUGUAAUUACAUACCAUAAUACAUUUAUUUUUUACAGAGCCCUAACACAUUCUCAGGAUAAGUAAUUUAAACAUUUAAUUAUAUGAUUGAGAAAGUUUCUUAAUAACUGAAAUAAUGUGCAUUUAAAAAAAAUGUGUGCCUUUUCUGGUUCCUUCUGGUUUUGUUCUGUACAGAGUACAGCUCCACCCCCGAGCAGAGGAAAUGAUAGGCAGGAAAUGUGAGGAGACGUGCAAUUUGACAUUUGAAAGUCAAUUUUAUUAGUUUUUAACAGUGUCCAGUAAUCAUAGAACUGUGUUGUGUGUAUAAUAUAAUUAAACUGCCAAAUAACAAAUAAAGCCUAAACAACUGCCUGA